AUGCACGUGGAUCUCGCCACAUCGAUCGCUGUUAAGGCGUCUACUACCCUUAUCGCUGCAACUUCUCUUCCACAAGCAUCGCAAACACCGCAACAACACAUGUUAUACUAUCAUGGUGCCACCGUGACCGGGAUGGGAGAAGAUCCGAAUGGAGAAGGUGGUGAAUGCAAACUUCUUGGGCCUUUCUCGCUUAUUGUCCAGGCCGCCCUUGGAGCGCUGGCGCUGCUGUCGUUGGUCUUUAAGCGAUGGAGAGAACGGCCUCAAAGGCCAAUCAAAGUGUGGGCAUUUGAUGUUUCGAAGCAAGUAUUCGGCUCGUUCAUGCUUCAUCUGGCAAAUCUUCUCAUGUCCAUGUUCUCGGCGGGUCAACUGGAGAUUCGGAUGGACUACAAACCGAACCCCUGUUCCUUUUACUUGCUGAAUCUUGGGAUCGAUGUGAACCACUCUCGGUAUCCCAAUAUUGAUUGUUGCGCUACGAAUUUUGAACUUUAUUGCAUCCUACACCCCUCUCGCCAACCCCCCGAAUCGAUCCAGUCUGGGAAUUAUAGCCACCCGCCUCGUGCAUCAUGGUGGUUCAAGCAAUCCAUCAUCUACUUCCUGGGCCUGCUCAACAUGAAAAUAUGCGUAUUCUUCCUAAUACAGCUGUUUCCAUUUAUUAUCAAGGUUGGGGAUUGGGCUUUGCGAUGGACAGAGGGAAACACUGCCCUGCAAAUCACCUUUGUGAUGCUUCUCUUCCCCGUUACUAUGAACGCCAUCCAAUAUUACAUUAUCGACACGUUCAUCAAGAAACCCAUGCCUCGCGACUUCUUUGCCGAUGAUGCUUCUCGCGGUGAUGCUGUUGCGGAUGAAGAUCUUCAUCGGGAAGGUCUUCUCGCUGGUAUCGACGAGGCCUACUCGUCCGAUUCAGAAGAUGAUUCUCCCCCGGGGAAGAAAUCCCCCCUUCCGGUAUCACAAACCAAGAUUUCCAUCCAGGAAUCCGAAGUUAAUAUGGCUGAGGACCAUUCAUCACUCCCUCCUUAUCACCCUCCUAGCUCCGGUUCCAGCGGCGGUCGUCGCGAACAUGAUGGACAAUCCAAGUCAGCCGCAUAG